CAAAGGAUCACUGGAGAAAAGUCAUCUGAGUUAUACUGUAAAGAUACAAAAAAGAGAAAAAGACAAACAAAAUGCCGUGGAUAUGGGCCAUUUUGAUAGCAGUGCUGGUGUGCCUUCUGAUCGUGCGCUUUCUGAUACAACUCUGGUCACAGAGGAACUAUCCUCCAGGACCUCUUCGACUUCCUCUCAUUGGAGGAAUGUGGCGGGUAUUGCCAAACUUUUCUGAAGAUAUUUUAAUUAAGCUGGCAAAGCAAUACGGAAACAUUUACACGAUAUGGGCAGGGUCUUUGCCCGUGGUGGUAUUUUCUGGAAUUGAAACAGUGAAAGAAGGCGUGGUCAAACAUUCAGAAUAUUUUGAUGAUCGACCAGAAACUCCUUUGUUUAAAGCCUUUGGAGAUGACAAAGGUAUUCUAUUUUCAAACGGUCACACCUGGAAGCAGCAGCGGAAGUUUGCAAUACUUACCCUGCGGAAGCUGGGACUGGGGAAGAAAGGCGUCGAAUCCAAAAUACAAGAGGAGGCCCAUCAGCUUGUCAACACCUUUUCACAUGCAAAGGGGCAACCACUUGACCCUGCAUUACCCAUCACUAAUGCUGUCACCAAUGUGGUCUGUGCUCUGAGUUUUGGUCGACGGUUUUCUAUUGAAGAUGAAGACUUCCUCAAGUUGAGAGGCGCUUUAUUCACUGCUGCAAAUUUUACAGCAACCUUCUUCCAUUUUCUGUACGAUACCCUCCCAUGGCUCAUGAAAUACCUUCCAGGACCUCACAAGGAGGCAAUUGCCGCCCGCAGUUUUGUAUUUAACUUUGCAAAGGAACAGAUAGAAAAGCACAAGGAACAUCAGGCCAUGCAUGAGCCCCAGGAUUUAAUCGAUUACUACCUACUUCACAUGGAGAAAUGCAAGAAGGAUUCCAACUCUACCUACAAUACAGAUAACCUGGCCCAGUGCAUUGUAGACCUUUUUGCUGCAGGAACAGAAACAGUCACCAACACACUUCGCUGGGCGCUAGUCCUCAUGGCGAAUCACCCAGAUAUCCAAGAAAAAGUCCAGAAGGAGAUAGAUGACUUUUUGAGUUCCUCUCAAUUAUUCUCCUAUCAAGACUGGAAGAAACUACCCUAUACCAGUGCUGUGAUUCAUGAGAUCCAGCGUUUCAAAUAUGUCUUAUUGGUUGGAUUUCCCAGACAAUGUUCAAAGGAUGCAAACAUUAUGGGAUUUUUCAUCCGUAAGGGGGCCACUGUAAUUCCAGAUGUUCGCUCCAUUCUUUUUGAUCCCAAGCAUUGGGAAACCCCUCAAGAGUUCAACCCAAACCAUUUUUUGGAUAAGAAUGGAAGUUUUGUGGAGAGAAAAGAAUUUCUUCCCUUCGGAGCAGGGGCCCGUGAGUGUAUUGGUGAGCAGCUGGCAAGGAUCGAGCUCUUCAUCUUCUUCACCAACCUGCUGAGGUCAUUCACCUUUCGGCCACCAGAAGGAGUGAAAAGAAUCAACGAAAAGCCUGUUGUACGAUUGGUUACCCCUCCCCAUCCGUAUAAGAUCUGUAUUGUUCCCCGCAGUAAUGGAUCAUAAGCCACAACAAUCCAAAGAGAAGCGUAUUUAUUUGUAUCCGUUUGAUUCUCAUUCAUUGUCACAUCAUCUAACAUUCUGCUGAUCCUUGCUGUAGUCCAUUCAUGCUGCCCUCUAGUUUCCCCAUUUGAUUGGAGCUGUUUAGAGAAGGAAUUCAGCUCUGUGCUGAUGUUCAUUGCUUGCUUAUUAUCUCAACAGCUUGGUGUAGUGGUGAAGAGCCACAGGACUCUAAUCUGGAGAACCAGGUUUGAUUCCCCACUCCUCCACUUAAAGCUGGCUGGGUGACCUUGGGUCAGUCACAACUUCAAGCUCUCUCAGCCCCACCCACCUCACAGGGUGUUUUGUUUUGGGGGAUAAUAAUAACAUACUUUGUAAACCACUUUGAGUGGGUGUUAAUUCAUCCUGAAGGGCGGUAUAUAAAUUGAAUGUUAUUAUUAUUUAUUAUUCCUAAUAUAUGCAAUAGGGUUUGCUUAGGUGCAGAAAAUCUCAAUACAGAAUGCUUAUCAUACACAAAACUAAAAUUGGUUUAUUAUAUCUAUACACCUUUCAAAGACAAAACGUGUGCCUCUUCAGUGAAUAAACUCUGUGGUAACCUUUA